GCCUGAUCCAAUGCCCGAGUUUGUUUUUCCUAGAUCGUCAACUUCUUGGUAUCUCGUAUUUGAUCCAAAAUUGUAUCUUUGGAUAGCCUUCCUUAACUUUUUCAUAAUUUUACAGUUAAAUGCGUUCCAAAAUGGCAGCGGCGACGGACGAGCUGAUUCUUUUGGAGCGGGUAUUUCUACGUUUGGGUUCAGCAGAAACAGAUGAACAACUUCAAGCAUCCGUAUGUAAAUUUCUACCACCUGUUUUGCUGAAGCUGUCUAGCUCCCAAGAAGGUGUUAGAAAGAAAGUAAUGGAGCUGCUCAUUCAUAUCAAUCGAAGAGUGAAAAGCAGACCACAAGUUCAACUUCCUGUGGAAGCUCUAUUAUUACAAUAUCAAGACCCUGCUGCCAGUUCCUUUGUAAUUAAUUUUACAAUAAUAUAUAUUAAAUUGGGAUAUCCACGAAUGGAAAUCAGCAAACAAGCUGAAUUAGUUCCCAGUGUAUUAAAUGCUAUUGAAGGAAAACCACUUUCUCAUCAAGACAGUUUGAUGCUAGUAAUAAUGCCGGCAUUGGGUCAUAUAAAUAUUCCAAUGGACAGUGAUAAAAGAGCAUCUCUACUUGGCUUGCAGGAUAAGCCUUAUGUAGCAAAACAAUUAAUUAAUUUUAUGCUUGAUGUGCUGCUUCUACCAUAUGGUUCUGUGGGACAAGCUGAAAAUCAGCAACCUGGACAACCAAUUGAUUGGUCCCAGUUUCCAGUACCACCUGGCCUGAGUGAUUAUGCAUUCAAAAGAGUGAUUGGUGAAAAUCCACCAACUGCUGAGCAACUUGAACAUACUAAACUGGGGAUAGUCAAAUUUCUUGCUGGUGGAUUUUUUUCUGAUUCCGAUAUCCUCAUUCAUCUGAUUGUUGCAGCUGCAGACACCAGAUUCAGCGUUGCCAACAUGGCUGAUCUUGAGUUGAAAAAAAUUGUGGGUACGUUGGACUGGUCGUCAAUGCAGUUGGCUGCACCACUUUAUACUUUGUUUUUGGGCACUGAUGCACUGGCAACACAAAAAGAAGUUAAACCAGAGAUGAAAAGAUUACCAGCUAGUACGCGAAUUCGUCUUAAGCUGUUGCAUUAUCUUUGCCGCGUAACUAGAGCUGGUUUUAUCAUUCCUCCAUGUAUUCAGGUUGUAUUUGAUUCCCUCUAUGGUGACAACACAAACCCAAAGUUAAAGUCGUUGGCGCUACAGUUUACCUCAAAUAUUGUUCAGCAGUGCAGUUUGCCUCCCUUGAUUCGUGUAGCCGGCGUCAUUCUGAAUGGAAUGGUAAAAUUAAUUUCAGAACGUGAGCCAGCUCACAAAGCUAUGGCUUAUACAGUCAUUGGACAGCUUGGUCAGAGAAUUCCCACUUUAAUUAAUAAAGAUUUGAGUUUGCUACAAAACUUCUUUGGUACUUUGGCAUCAACGGAGGGAGAAUUGCAACAAACUGUAAAAAAUGCAUUGAUUAGUAUGUCCUCAGCGUUUGUACUUAAUAGGGAGGACGAGAACAAUAUAGCUAUGAUGAAUGCUUUGCUUUCUGUUCAUAUAGAAUCUUCUGAAUACUGCGUUAGGUUUGUUGCUGCUCAUUAUGCUGCAACAGUAUUUCCACCUGAUGAUGCGCCUUCGCGAUAUCUAUUACUUUUGGCAUGUGGCGACAACAAACAUGAAGUUAAUACUGAAGCAGUGAAGGCUUUAUACGGAACUGCUCAUAAGAACGAACGAGAUAAAGAAGAUGCUAAAGAGAUAUUCUUACCUGACUUUCCAAAGCUCGUAUCUUACAUCCAUUCAAAAUUGCAGGCUAGAAUGAAUAGUUCUGGGACUGGAAAAGUUAAUGUAGGAAGUAAAACGCUUCCUUAUAAUAUCGCUGCAUUUACAGAGAUUAUAACGUACCUUCGUUUAUGUCUUGCAAAAAGUGCCGAGGUGCCAUUUAAAAGUGAGCCCUUGCAACAUCCGUCUGAAUAUACUCCUGUCAUUGGACGAUACUUGGAAAAUUUGUAUAAGGAACAGCCGGAACCUCUGAAUCAUUAUCUUGAUAUGAUAAUGCUUCUUAGUCAUGCAUCUGCGGGUCAAGUAUCUCUGAAUGCGUUAUUGGAAGUCGUAGGAACGAUUCCACAGUAUAUGUCAAAACGUAAUGAGAAGGAAUUAUCGUGGCUGCGAUCAUUACUCUCAUCGGCUAAGGAAGAUAUUAGAGAAUUAGCAGCAAAAAUUUACGCUAUAACUAUAGCUUAUAUAUCAAAUACCGAUUUUGAGAAACAAGUAUCAGAGAUUAUACACAGUACGAAAAAUAAAUCUCUCGAGACCCAGCAUGGUGCAUUGAUAGCCCUGUCUUAUAUGAUGGAGAGAAAAUUAAUAACGAGAAGAAAUGAUAAUAAAGAUGAGCUAUUGAAGUGGGGGAGUUAUAUUGAUACCGUAAAAACAAUAUAUACAUUUCUCACGGACAACACUAAUUUGCUGGUUAACGCAGCCAGUCAGGGAAUUGGUACGAUAAGCAAAGCCUUUGCUUUGCCACUUCCAGCCGAAGAUAAACAGGAACCUAAUAAAAAAGCUCUUGUAGAGACACUGUUUAAUAUUCUCACCAAUAGCAAAAUGAAUACUAAGGUCAAAGAGAAAGCUGCUCUUUCCCUGGGAUUUCUAUGCGUUGGCGAAGACUUUCCACACACAAAAUAUAUAGCGGAGAAAUUUGUAGGAAUGGCAGAAGAGAGCAAAGAUGUAGAAGUUCAUCUCACUGUGGGAGAAUCUCUAGUCUGUUGCGUGCAGGGUCAAUCAUCUCCAGAAGUUAGGGAUGCCUGGAAGGUGCUACCUAGUGAACAUCAAGUUCCAUACAGCAAUGAAAGUAACCAGCUCUUGGCAUUUGUUCUAGAUAAAUUAUUGAAAACUGCGCGCAUUCCGCAUCCAAAUUCGCGGCAGGCGGUAUGCAUUUGGUUACUGGCAUUACUUAAACAUAAUGCAAAGCGAAAACAUCUCAUUGAUAGGUUACCAGAAAUUCAAAGUACAUUUAUGGAUUUUCUUUCGGAGAAUAAUGACAUUGUACAAGAUGUAGCAUCGAAAGGUCUUGGUUUGGUAUAUGAUAGUAGCAAAGAAGAUGAACGUAAAGCAUUAGUAUCAGGCUUAUUAGAGCAACUGAUGCAAGGUCGUAAGACAGUAGCCCAAGUUACUAGUGAUACUAAAUUAUUUGAAGAAGGACAGCUAGGUAAAAGUCCAACUGGAGGGAAUCUAUCAACAUAUCGAGAAAUCUGUUCACUCGCCUCAGACUUAAAUCAACCAGAACUCGUUUACCGUUUUAUGCAUUUGGCCAAUCACAAUGCAGUGUGGACGUCUAAAAAAGGCGCAGCGUUUGGCUUCUCGGCGAUUGCAAAUCUUGCUAGCGAUGAAUUAAAUAAAUAUUUACCAAGUAUUGUGCCACGAUUGUAUAGGUAUCAGUUCGAUCCAACUCCAAAAAUUCAACAGAGUAUGGCCAGCAUUUGGCACGCUAUCGUUCCUUCCACACAUAAAGUUCUGGAGCAAUAUCAUAAAGAGAUAUUGAAUGAUAUUACUGUCAAUUUGACAAAUAAUCAAUGGCGAGUUCGUAUCAGUUGUUGCCUUGCACUUGCCGAACUUCUAAGAUCAAAUGCUCCAAUAGAGUUGGCUGAGUGUGCUCCAGAACUGUGGAAACAAUUGUUUCGAGUUAUGGAUGAUGUUCAUGAGGGAACUAGAACAGCCGCAACUAACACUACAAAAGUACUUAGCAAGGUCUGCAUUCGACAGUGCGACGUGUCUUAUGGUAAAUCUGGAGAACAUAUUCUUCAAGCUAUAUUGCCAGUGCUAUUGGAUAUUGGUAUUAUUCAUACUGUCAAUACAAUUAGAGCAGUUUCCCUGCAAACGGUUUCUCAGCUCGUGACAACAGCUGGUAGUUUACUUAAGCCUUCGUUGGUCAAUUUAAUACCUGCUUUGCUAACUGCUACCGGUGAAUUGGAAAAUCCUAAAUUGAUGUACUGGAGUGCAGCAUUUGGUGCUAUGUCAGAUGUGCAGGAGGUCAUUGACACAGAGAGGUCUAGUGCAGUUAAAAGUCAUUACACGACAGAAACAAUGACAAAAUGUAUUCCGUACAUUGAUGGUACUACACUGAAGGAUUUAAUGCCAAAAGUGAUAGAAUUAAUUAAGUCAAGCAUAGGACUUGGAACGAAAGUGGCUUGUUCGCAUUUCUUAGUUCUCCUCAGCAGUCACUUGAAAUUAGAGUUACAACCUUACACUGGUAAAAUACUAGCAGCUUUGGUAAAUGGCUUGACAGAUCGAAAUGUUGCUAUAAGGAAGAACAAUGCAGUCACUAUUGGACACAUUGUUGGAUCUGCUAAAGAAUCUAGUCUGGAAAAAUUGUUUAAUAUGCUGAACACUUGGUACAUGGAACGAGAAGACGAUUCAAUUCGAUUAGCUAUUGGGCAAACGUUGCAAUCCAUAAACAAUCAUAAUCAAGAGAUUCUAAAGAAUUAUUCGGAUAUUGUCAUACCUCUCACGUUUUAUGCAAUGCACGCAGAGAAGACUCCAGGGACUGAAAAUACAGUGGAAUUGUGGACCAACCUAUGGGGCGAGAUUGCACCAGGAACGGAAACAGGAAUCAGACAAAAUUUAAGUGUAAUAACAAAUAUUCUAAAUACCUGCUUAGAGUCUGCAUCUUGGACCACAAAAGCCCAGGCUGCAAAUGCUGUUUCUACUGUCGCUACAAAAUUGGGAGCUGACAUAGACGAAGAUGCUAGAAAUUCUUUAUUAAAGAUUCUUACAAAUGGUCUGCAAGGCAGAACUUGGAAUGGCAAGGAACGACUUCUGAAUGCACUCGCAACCUUAGCAUGCAAUAGCAAAGAGGCUCUGGGCAAGGAUCCUAAGUUAAGCGAAGCUAUUGUAGAAGCUUUAUAUAAAGAGAGUAAAAAGGAAGCUAUAGAAUAUCGUCGCCAUGCGUUAAAGGCGUUGUCUGAUGUUUUACAUGAGCUGGAUAUAGAUAAGUUCACACAAAUUUAUGAUAUAGCCCAAGAGAUCUUAUUAAAACUUGCAAAUAAGGACGACAAUGAUGAAGAAAGUUCACCAACGGAGAAUUCCAAAAAGAGGGAAGAUAAAAUUAAAUUGCAAGAAACAGUCUACGAAGCCCUUGGAAAGGCUUGGCCUUCUAAUACGGAAACACAAGACAAAUAUUCCAUACAGUUUGUCACGCAUUGUUACGAAAUGUUACCCAACAAUACGAGGCCAAUUCAAGUCGCCAUUUUGAUGACAUUAAGUCUUUUUGUGGAUAAGCUAGUAUUAUUCAAAACUGAUGUUUCGAAAACCUCCGCUAAGGAUAAGGAAACAUUGGCUUCCAUAUGUGACACAUUGGAUAAGAUAUUAAGACAGUCUAUAGGUAUAUCAAAGUACACGAGGAUAAGGAAGGAAGCAUUGAAUAUUGUUUUCUCCCUCUCCAAAAAAUUACGCGAUACCAAAAAUACAAAACAGCUUGAGAAUGUAACUUCUCUUUUUAAGGAGCUUCUGCCUGACUUAUCAAAGGAUAAUCAACCGGAAAUUCGUUCUAGGGUUGUCGACAUUAAAGAUAUGCUCAAGGUUUAAGCAUUAAAAUCAUUAUUAUUGGAUAAGGUUAUCGGAAAACUUUUAUGGGAAUUAGUUGAAUGUGCGGUCGUCCCAAUCUUCUGAAAUACGGUGAUGCAUGAAAUUCAGCUUAAUCAUUUUUAAACGGAGAUGCGUCUAAGUUACAGUACAUAGUGUAUGUUGCUUAUAUAAAAUAAGCGAACGAGAGAGCGUAAUACAUUUCUGGUAACCUUAACAAUAUUUAUUUUUGCCGAGUGAGGAGAGAACCGUUAGAUUAUGCAAUGACACGGUAACUCGAGAUAGGAAUUGAACUUUUAAAUUGACAUUACACAUCACUCCACGGUGUCUGGAAUUACAAUAUGCGUAUAGCCAUACUAUUACUGUAAUCAAAAUACAAAAUUUGAUCAUAACUCUAGUAUCUUUUACAUUAAUAUUUUUCUUACAAUUUCCUUUGCGUCAAUUGUUCUUUGUUUUUGAUUUUUUGAAAGAUUUACACGAUUGAAUAACUUAUCUUUUAGUUUGUGUAUAUUUUAUGUUUAUAUUAGCAACGAUGUCAUGUAAGGUUGAUACACUCACUUUUCAUAUGUGACUGAAUCAUCGUUAUCCGUACAGUAAUAUUGUAACUUAGCCUACUUAUUUAUAUUACAGCAGAAAUGGAAUAAAACCGAGUAAAGCUAAGUACACUA